CGGGAUUUACCUGUAGCCGCAGGUAACGCACGGGAAGGCGAGGGAGAGCAACAUUUGGCAGAAUUUAUCGACAGAACUGGCGGCAAACUGGACCUUGGGUACUUUCCUGCCUAGCUCUACAGACCAUUUAGGCUGGAGAAGGCAAAACACUGACAGCCGAUUGCGGGACAGAGUGGGAAAGUUCGGGGAAUUACGAGUCCAACAAGUUGCUCAAACCCAUCCAAAGGAAGAAUACGGCUUUGACUUCCGGAAUCAGAAAAACAGAAAGUAACACCAAAGACGCGACUAUUUAUUCCUAUGCGGCACUGGACCUGGUGAGCCAUGCCUGGCCACAGCUCAGGGAGUCCUCAGAAGCCCCGCCCCUACACACAGCAGCCGGUCCGGUCUGGGUCUGAUGGCUACCGCCGUGGCCGCGCCCUUUCGCGGGACAGCAGCGCCAGCCAGGAGUCGUACCGGGAACAGUGCGUGGACCGGCCCCGCCAGACCGAGGUGCAGCAGGUCCGCAAGGCACACCCCCGCAAUGCCAACGGGCGGGAGUCUGAGACCCUGGGCUUCAUCCCGGGUUCGGCGGACUCGGCCCCGGGGGUGCAGACCUGUGGGCCCUGUGCCACACCGGGCUGGGGCAGCUGCAAGGCCCUCAUCUGCUGCGUUCUGACCUGCGGCCUCUACGGGACCCGCGAGCCCUGCAUGGCUGUCCGUGAGACCUCCACCGACGACCCCGUCAAGGGGGACCCGGAGGACUGCCCGCCCAACGGCGUGGCCCUGUCCACCGCCGUCACGCGCCAGGAGACCAGGAUGGCCAGCAAGCUGCCAGCGUCUGACAGCUUCCGCUACCCAGACGUGCUGAUCGGCGGUAAGAAGGUGGACUACCCCGUGGGUCCCCCGAAGCGGAGCCGGCCGUCGGGGGGCAAGGGGGAGAGCCAGCGGCCGGUCAGCAACACCAGCAUCACCAGCGUCUACUCGCGGGAGGAGCUGGAGUUCCUGGACGACCUGAGCGACAGCGGAACGGACAUUGACUCGCUCAUCACCAAGAAGCUGCUGGAGCUCUACAAGCUGCACCAGAUCGACCAGCUGGCCAAGUGCACCUCGGACUCCUCCUUCUCGCGCAAGACCAACGAGAUCAGCGACCUGAUCUACAGCAUCGCCCAGGACUACAACCUGGAGGAGCAGGAGGCAGAGUGCCGGCUGGUGCACGGGGUCAUUCGCAUCAGCACCCGCAAGAGCAAAAGGAACAAUCCCAAGAGCAAGGACUCCACCUACCAGCACCACACCACAGGGUUUCCCUCGCAGGACCUCGGCCAGCGGGCCAACGGGAGGCGGGACGGGACGCUGCCCGACAGCGGGAACGAAACCAUGACGGGCACCUUCUCCUUCAACAGCGAGAUGGAACCUGAGGUCAAAGUGUCACAGCAGACGCCGUCAGAUGAACUGGCCAGAAAGAUGAGGGUUGGCAGUGGACGAGCCUACUCCUCCAGCUCUCCCACCACCUACUCUCCUCAGCAAGAAACCGAGACAGACUCCUCUGGGACCCCCCUACUCCACUACAUCCGAACGUGAGCGCCAAUAUCCGGACCACAACAGCAGCGGGGUCCUCAACGCGGAAAAGGCCGUCCUGCCCUGUGCCUGCAGAGUGGUCGAACCUUAUCCCCAGCCACCUGCUCGUCUAAUGCUGUAGUUCUUCUCUUGCAAUAUGAACAUGCGGUUAUAUGUCUGUGUGUGUUUGCACACGCGUACACACACAUACCAUCCCAUCAUACACACCAGCCAGCACAUGAACAGAUCAAAGAUCCCACUGGAGCCAGCUGAGGAUUGGUGAAAAACAGAUUACCCUUUCUUCACCUGUUACUCUCCUGCCCUUUUUUGUAUGC